AUGUCAAAUCAGGAAGAAAAUGGCGUACAGAUAUCAGUGGAAGAGCUAUGGUAUCUCAAAGAUAUAACGUUCAGGUUGUCCUCCGAUUCCCCGCCGAAGCAAGUCAAGAUCGUUACUCAGAACUUUAACGGGCCCUGCUCGUUCAUCGCAAUAUGCAACAUCCUUAUCCUCCGUGGACAAAUCCAAAUCCUGCCUGCAGAACGGACGUCCGUCUCGUACGAUUUCCUAUCCCAUCUUGUUGGAGAAUGGCUUCUCGCAGCAUGCCAGGACGUUGACAUCUCGGCUGCACUGUCCACGAUGCCCAUCACUCGUAAGGGUAUGGACCUCAACCCGCUUUUCACCAAUGUCACAUCGUUCCGCCCAGCCGGCGCAGGUGGGGAACUCAAGCUCUUUGAGCAGGCCGGCAUUAAGUUGGUGCAUGGCUGGCUCGUCGAUCCUGCAAGUCCGGAACAUCAGGUUCUCGCGAAGACUGAGGAUUAUGAUACUUCAAUCAACCUGCUCGUCGAGGCAGACCACCUGACCAAGGGGAAACUGGUCACUACCGAGCAUUUCACACCAGCCAGCCCUACCGAGCCCAGCCCGGAGGAAAACCUGAGUCCUGAAGACUUUCAGAAGAUAGAAGAUGCGAUUGUCAUCCGCAACUUCAUCGAGAGCACGCAGUCGCAGUUGACAUAUUAUGGCCUAUUUGCUCUGGCGUCUUCCUUGGAACCCGGCUCGCUGGUUGCCCUGUUCCGCAACUCCCACCUCUCUGUGUUGUACAAGGCGCCAGGAGAGGAAGCUGCACUGUACACGCUUGUGACCGACCAGGUGUUCUUGCAUGAGGCGUCUGUCGUCUGGGAACGGCUCGAAGAUGUUGAUGGCGGGUGGUCAACGUUCGUUGAUUCCGAUUUCGUCCGCUCCAGCCCCGCGGGCGGGGACUAUGCUGGCCACACCGGAGAGAGCGCGCUGGCGGCCCUUGAGGCGCAGGCGGCGGGAAUGACUAUCGAGGAUGACGCAGAUCAGCAACUGGCACGCCAGCUGCAAGCGGAGGAAGACCAGCGGGCGCAGGAGAUCUACGAACAGCGUACGGCUGAGCGCAGUCAGCGAGAACGCGAGGCCUUGCGUAGAUUGCCUGCGCCUGAACACCGGCAGAAGAAGAAAAAGACAGAUUGCGUCGUAAUGUAA